AUGUUGCAGACUCUUGUUCUCAAGUGGAACAUUGGUUUUGUGUCAUUCUACAUGUAUUUGGCCAACACAAGUUAUAUUUCAAGCAUGGCUCGGCCCUCCACCCACGUAGUUGGCCUUCUGUUCGCCGUGGCCGUUCUUCUGGUGGGUGAGGCUAAUGGAAACCAAAAUAGCGCAACGCCCAUGUGCAGUGAGGUUCGAGGCUUCGCCAGUGAGCACAAUGACCAUUUCAGAAUUGGCGUUUCGGUGACUCCGUCGGAGAACGAGGCGAUUGUCCUUAUUGUGCGUGCCUUUCCGCUCAACAUUGGCGACCUUGUGCAGCGGUGGGUGCAGCUGAACGCUACGUACCGUCUUCGCGAAGGUACAACAGUCUCCACUUCGUCCAACAACGAUGGCAUUGUGAUUAUCCCUAACGUGGAGGCAGGCACAGAAAUAAAUGUUGAGGUUAAACGCGUGCGGAACGAUGGUCCAGUGCCGUUUCGCUUCUGGAGCUACCACGCCAACCGUCCAACGUGCCACAUUGACGUUUCAGCUAGUACUUCCUUUCUGGCACCCAUUCCUACCCGGUUUCCAGCUGCGGCUGGUUCUGCAAGGGUGUACUUCAAAUCUGUGGCGCCCACUGACGCAAAGGGUCUCAUGGUGUUGUUUCGCACCAACACGUUCGCGACAUCAGCAGUGAGCUUCCAAGUGAUGUCUUCGCCCGACGUUCAGUUUGGCGAGACGCACAACAGCGAAGUGGUCUUCCCAUGGAGUCAGGGCGUGGUUUAUUUUAUGUUCGAUCCCUCAACUUCAAUGCAUAGCCCGUUGAUGGUGCAAGUCAGUGUCCUAUGGACAGAUAACGUAAAUGAGAAUAGUGCUGCUCCAACGACAGGACCGCCAGGUGAACACACAUCCUCGUUUACGUCUAAUCCGACAGUGCUGCCAUCGUCAAACGAGUCAGGGAAGAAGGAGUUAGGACAUCAAAACAAGGGACAUUCUGCCCUCGGAUUUAUUGUUCUACUGAUUUUCGUCUUCAUUAUAUACAUGGUUGUUAUGUCAGCUGUUAACUACCGCCUGAAGGGCAUGGUGGAGUUCCCAGAGAUGAUUCCGCACAAUAGCUUUUUCCGCUCCGGUCUUCAGUACUUCUCACUGGUGAAGAGUAGCUUCCGCCAGGGCAACGUCCGCGGGGGCUAUCAGGAUCUGAACCGUCAGGAGAUGAGCACGGACAGCUUCUAA